AUGAAAGAACCCCGGAUUUUCCCUAGAGAGCGGCCAACCCCUUGGACUCGUGCUCCACUGCCACCCCGAGGACGGUUUGACGGGUCCCUGGGACCGCAGGGGGGCCCUGUUCUCAAUACUGGCCACCCGCUUGGUGCGAACUCAGAUCCUUUCCUUAUGGCAGCCGGUUCUCUUGGUGGGAAUCUGGCCCCAUUUCCAAGGAACCCAUCUCCUUUUCCAGCUUCAUCGGGGUCCUUGGCUUCAAAUCCAGCACCUUUUCCCGCCGGUGCUCGUGACCCAAGCAUGGCUUCUUUUCCAAGAGGGAUGAAUCCUACUGGCACAGGUGCAGCUUUCCCAAGGCCAGGUGGUCUCCUGGGCUCUGGACCAGGACCAGCUCUAAACCCUAGAACAGGAGCUUUUCCAGGCCCAGGGCCUAUGUCUAACCCCAGGUUAGGAGGUCUCCCAGGACCUAUGUCUAAUCCAAGGGCAGGUGGUCUGCUGGGUGUCAGUCCUGAUCCCAGAGGUGGUCCCAUGGGCCCUGGAUCUGGACCUGGACCCGGCCCCGGGCCCAACCUGCGAGCAGGAAUCUUGUCUUCUGGGAAUGGUCCUCCCAACCCGAGGCCAGCUGGCCUGGGCCCUGGACCAAAUACCAAUCUGCGAUCAGGCUUUUUAGGCUCAAACCCUGCCCCUAGGUCAGGGAUGUUUCCAGGCCCAGGCCUUGGGCCAAACCCACGAGCAAGUGGCUUGGGUCCAGGUCUUGGGCCCAAUCCCAGGGCCAGUAGCAUGGGCCCUGGCCCAAAUUUAGACAACAGAGCUGGCGGCCUCUUGGGCACAGGCUCUAAUCUUAACUUAAGAAUGGCUGGACCUCAAGGCCUAGAUCUUGCCCCCAUUCUAAGAGCAGCAGGUCUUUUGGGAACAAAUUCAGCUGCUUUCUCGCAGGCUUCUGGAAACAUGGGUACAAACCCAUCCUCCAUGGCAAGAAUACCUGGCCCCAUGGGCCCAAACACGGGUCCUAGUUCUCGAGGGAUUGGCCUACCAGGGCCAAAUCCAUCUCCUAUGUCCAGGGCUUCGGGCCCUAUGGGCCCUAACUCGGCUCACUUCUCAAGGCCAGGUGGUCCCAUGGGGGUAAAUGCCAAUCCCUUUCCACGGGGGACAGGUUCAGGAGGAUUGAACCCUACUGCCUUCUCUCAGUCUUCAGGCACAAUGGCUUCAAACCCAGGUAACUUCCCAAGGUCUGCUGGCCUCCAAGGUUCAAGCCCAGCCAUGUUCCCAAGAGCUUCUGGGCCACUGGGCCCCAGCCCAGGCAACUUUCCAAGGGCCGCUGGCCUCCAGGGUCCAAGUGCAGCUGCCUUCCCAAGGUCUACUGGCCCAUUAGGCCCUGGCCAGGUUGCUUUCCCCAGGUCAGCUGGGCACCUUGGCUCCUCAGCAGGCCCUGCAGGUCUCAACACAGCUCCUUUUGCAAGGCCCACUGGAGCCCUGGGUCUAAACCCAGCUUCCUUUCCAAGGAUGAAUGGCCCUGCCGCCAAGAGUUUGGUUCCAUUUCCUAGAAUGGGGGGUCUGCCUGGCACAAACCCAGCCGCUUUCCCCAGGCCUGGGGGUCCAAUGGCUGCAAUGUACCCAAAUGGAAUGUUACCCCCUUAAACACCACUGUCCCACUAGGACUACCUUGUUUGCCAGGCACUGUGGUUCUUGGCGGUAAAAGGGUAGAUACGGAGCUACUGUCUGAAGAACAUAGCUGGGGCUCAAGUUCAAGUGAGCCAUCUUUUUUUCUCUGCUUUUUUCUUGGCUGAAAGUGAAAUGUUCCUGUGGACAUGGACUACAACAGCUGGGGGUGAACCCGGCCUCGAGAGGAUUUGCGGCCUUCCAGAAGCCUGCCGUACUUUUGUGCCACAGCUUUCUGCCCCUUGUUUCUUACUAGCUUCUUGAGUUCUUGUGGACUGUUCCUCAGGGAUACAUUGGCCUGUAGAUCCCAAUUCGUAUGUAUUUCUCUACUCUCCGCUGAAGAAUCUGCUUGCUGCUCUAGAGAUGGUGUGUUGGUAACAUACCAUGCUUUAGUAGCUGGGACCUGGGCAUCUUCUACUGCCAGAUGUUUCCCUGGGGACUUGAAUACAGAGCGGCAAGGUGAACCACCAUUGCACAGAUCCACCGAAUGAACUUGGGUUUCGCUGACUGCCAGCGGCCUCUUCCUACUGAGAUUUAGAGGGGCUCCUCUGCUCAUCCAGCUCCCUUUCCACUGGUACUCCUAAUCAAAGAACCUCAAAAUUUAACCUAGUGGGGGUGGGGAGGGGGGAGGGGUGAAGGGGCAAAAUCACUGUGCUUUGUUCAGCCUCGUGAAGGACGGUUGGUGUUUUUCCUGCAUUGUAUCUUUUCUUACUGUUUCUUUAAUAAAUGGGAUGUGAGGGCUGC